CAACUGCACAGAGUGCAGCAGAGUGUUCCCGACGGGCACUAUGCUGCGCCGGCACACGGAGAGCGCGCACAGCGACGAGCGGAGAUACGAGUGCACAGUGUGCCACACGAUGUUCAAGUCAUCGGCCAACCGGACGCGGCACCAGCGAGUGGCGCACGAGUCCCGUGUCGGACCCGAGCACAAGAUGUGCGACUACUGCGGGAAGGCCUUCAAGACAAAAAAAAUGCUAGCGGACCAUAUCAACACGCACACAGGCGCGCGGCCGUUCGUGUGCGCGCUGUGCGGGGCGGACUUCGGGCACAGGAGCGCCCUCUACCUGCACGGACGGUACAAGCACAAGAUACCGAAGAAAAACACCAGGGUCACUGUCAAGAAAGUUAAAGUGAAGACUGAGGAGGUUGAUGGCGGGAGUUAAUUGUGUUUUUUUUUUGUCAGAAACCGAAACCAAAAAUAUCGGACAAGUGAGAGUCGGACUCACGCACGAAGGGUUCCGUACCAUUAGGUAAAAUUAAUGUAACUUUUUGGAUUACUUUUCUGUUUUGUUGCAAAUAAUAUGCAAAUGUUAUCACUCGAUGAAAUACCUUCUAGCACUACGAAAAGUAACCUAGAUAUGUGUAAGACAUUAAUUAAGCUUACUAUACGU